GUCGCUUUCGUUCUGCUGUUUUGCAUUGUCAUAUUGAUCAAUCAAUUUAAAAUAAUUUCAAGACCCCAAGUCGAAGUUUUGUUAUUAAAGGAGAUUUUUAAAGGUCAUUUCUAAGAUGUCAAAAUUUUACAAUUCAGAAUAUCUUUGUAAAGAUGAAGAGUUUAAUAAUUUUAUGAUAAAAGUUAGCGAAGUAAAUGGUAUUGUACAAAAAUUGGCUUCAAAAGAUAAACAAAUACAAGAAAUUGGCAACAUAGAAGCACAAAGAUAUCUCAAAGACAACGAUGGACAGAAUUUGAAUAUCGAUGAUAAUGUAGACUUAAAAGUUAAAAAUGACAGAACAUUAAUUAACAAGAAACUUCUAGAGCAUGAGCAAAAAGAUCCAAAUACCAUGUCACAAGAAGCAUUUAUGAAAGAAGUUGAAAAAGAUUCUAAUCUAAGGUACAAAGACAAAAUGGUAAGGAAAGAAAAAAUGGAGACUUUUAAAAAGCAAGCCACACUUGCAUUCCGAAGAGGGGAAUUCGAAAAGGCAUUAACUUUAUAUAAUAAGGCUAUUGAACAAAUUAAAGACAGUGUACUAUUAUAUAACAACAGAGCACUAACCUACCUUAAUCUUAAAUUCUACGAAAAAGCUCAACAAGAUUUGAAGCUGGCUCUACGACUAAAUGAAGAUUGUCUGAAGUCAUGGUUGUUGUUGAUAAAGAUACAUUUUUUGCAAAACAAUAAAGAAGAAUAUGAACGAGAUAUAAGAGAGGUAUUGGAGCGAAAUCCCAAUGACAAGGAUUUUAUAAAAGAUUAUAUAAAAAAUCUUGAAAAUGGGUAUAAGCAAAGUAAAAACAGUAUGAAAAUAUAGGAUUUCAAAAACUUCAUCUGCAGUAAACUUACUGUUACAUUACAUAUAAAAUUUCAUAUUACAAAGGUAUUAAAAAUAACUAUAAAAAUACACUAAGCAAAUGUUCAUAAAAAAUUAUGUAAUUA